AUGUCUGUCCGGUCGACUGCUGCUCUCAGAGCCGCCAUGCAGGUCGUGCUUGCUGGGCGGGAGGGGAGCAGGAUGCUGGUGGCGGUGUUGGAGGAGAUGGUAGCUCGCAACCCCCACCCCCCCGUCCUUCCCUCCUCUCCCUGCACCUCCCGUUCCCCUCGCCCCCCCUCCCCACCAGAUGCUGGUAGCAGUAUUGGAGAGAUGGUAGCCCGCAACGUGCUGGCUAAUGCCAUUGCCGUGCUGCCAGUCAAGUCACUCAGCCGAAACGCAGGUGGUGGGGGCGGAGGCGCAUGCGCUGGCAGAGCUGGCAGAGCUGGCAGAGCUGGCAGAGCUGGCAGAGCUGCUGCCAACGCCACCGCCCACUCAGACGCAGAUGGCCUCGCCGCUGCUGCCGCCCUCCAGGGCGGCGCCCUGGGGGAUGACGUGGCUCUGCUCUCAUGUGUGCAUUAG